AUGUUUGUAAGCGAUCGUCUCGACGAUGUUUCACAUUUUCCAAUAUUAGUCGAACGCGAAGACGUGAGAUCUAUUGUCGAGAAAACUGUGAACAAAGCGGAAGGGGUCUUUCUCUGGGUACGGCUCGUACUCACCGCCGUUGAGGAUGGUAUACUCAAUGGCGAUGGCCCCUCAGAUCUAGAGUCAAAAAUCGACACAUUCCGAAGCGAGAUCAAGGCUCUUUACCAGUACUUAUUCGAUUCGAUUCACUAUACAGAUCGUCCAAAGGUUUUCGAGGCUUUGGGGAUGGUAAGAAUGGCACAAGAUAUGAGACAUGGACCCAAACUACCUCUACUCCGGUUCUUCUUCCUCGACAAGGUUAUGGACGAUCAAAACUAUGCGAUGGAAAUGGAGAUUGGGAAUAUGCCGAAAGAAGUUAUUACGCGGAUACUACAGAUCACUCGGAAGCAAACAUAUGGACGCUGCAAAGGUCUCCUGGAUGUUUGCCCAAUAAAGAUCCCACAAGGUAAUUUCCCGUGUCUGUCUCUACCCGAUGAUGGCGAAGUCACAUUCAUGCAUAGUACUGCAUAUGAGUUUCUAGAGGAGGAUUCCAUAAAGGAAACCAUCAAUCGCACUGUGGGACAUAUCGACUUUUUCGAUCGCAUCUGUCAGACAUUCCUUGCGUUUACUAAGUUCUCUAGACAAGCUUGGUACUUUCAUGGCGAAAAGAGAUAUUUCAGUCCUCCUUUUGAUUGGGAACUAAGCUCUAUUCUGUGCUUUGCCGCUUUCAAUACGCCUGUCUUCCUUUCUGAUGGUGGCACACGCCAGCGUCAUGAUCGUUUCCCCAAUGAGGCUCUGCCAUACUCGACAAUGUAG